UAUAAAUUCAUGUUUGAAUGUGUACAAUUAUAGGAUUCGAAUACUUUAUAAAUUGUCGAAAAUUGGUGAAAAAUAUAAUUGAAUUUAAAAAUAUUAAGAUGCACAAUGAAUAAGUAAAUAAAUCGGAUGCAAAACUGUAAGCUCAAUGAAUGAUGUUUUAAGCUGAAAAGAUGUAAUACGCUUUGUAGUACCACACAACUUAAAAAUUUUAAUAUUCUUGAUCACCUCUUGAUCAGAGUAGCUAUCUUCUAAUAAUAUCCAAGGCCUUGAUAAUCUCCAAAAAUGAGCAGCGGGGGUGAUACGUUAAGCGCCAAUCCUACUGAGAAAGAGAAAAAAGAUGCUCUAUAUGAGAAUCGCGAGCGCAAGAAGAUCGUUCGCAUAAUCACCGUGACAGCUUACAUGUUCUCUGUUUCAUUCGUUGGAAUCGUUCUUAGUGCCUACUACAUUUUCCUUUGGCAUCCCCCAAAUCCCCGAAUGAUGCAUGCCCAAGCGAUGAGCGUGCAGUCGGAUGGAGAAAUAGACUUCCUGGUUGAAACGUCUGCUGUUCCAAAUAGAUUAUCACGACUGGCAAAUCUUGCGGAAAAUGAUUCAACAAUCAAUGUAUUUAGUGCACAACUUGACAAUGAGAAAAUCAAGACGCGCCGGGAAAUCAUAAAAAACGUGAAUGCCGUACUCAGAGCAAACUUCGAGAAAGCCAAAUACAGUGAAUCUUCACUACAGGGAGCUGACCACAUGUAA